CGGUCUUCAGCGUCUUGGCGGCAGUUGGUGGAGCCGGACCUGGGAGUCAGUUCGUGGCGCUGCUUGCGCGUUUACCUGAAUACUAAGUAUUGCUCGUGUUACUGGGACUCUUCUCACCAGUACACCUUACUCUGACCCUAUCCCUGAGGAGAGCGGCGCCAACCCGAGCCUUGCCUCGGAUUGGUCGUCCGGCACGCCCCUUUGCGUUUUCUUGUACUUUUUUAAGGCUCUUGUCUAGGGCUGCUGUUUCUUCAUCGUCAUGGCGCCCACCAUCCAGACCCAGGCCCAGCGCGAGGAUGGCCACAGGCCAAAUUCCCACCGGACUCUGCCUGAGCGGUCUGGAGUGGUCUGCCGAGUCAAGUACUGCAACAGCCUCCCUGACAUCCCCUUCGACCCCAAGUUCAUCACCUACCCCUUUGACCAGAACAGGUUUGUCCAGUACAAAGCGACUUCUUUGGAAAAACAGCACAAACAUGACCUCCUGACUGAGCCAGACCUGGGAGUUACCAUUGACCUCAUCAACCCUGACACCUACCGCAUUGACCCCAAUGUACUCCUAGAUCCAGCUGAUGAGAAGCUUUUAGAAGAGGAGAUUCAGGCCCCCACCAGCUCCAAGAGAUCCCAGCAGCAUGCAAAGGUGGUGCCGUGGAUGCGGAAGACAGAGUACAUCUCCACUGAGUUCAACCGUUAUGGCAUUUCCAAUGAGAAGCCUGAGGUCAAGAUUGGGGUUUCUGUGAAGCAGCAGUUCACUGAGGAAGAAAUAUACAAAGACAGGGAUAGCCAGAUCACAGCUAUUGAGAAAACUUUUGAGGAUGCCCAGAAAUCGAUCUCCCAGCAUUACAGCAAGCCCCGAGUGACACCAGUGGAGGUCAUGCCUGUCUUCCCAGAUUUUAAGAUGUGGAUCAACCCGUGUGCUCAGGUAAUCUUUGAUUCAGACCCAGCUCCCAAGGACACAAGUGGUGCAGCUGCAUUGGAAAUGAUGUCUCAGGCCAUGAUCAGGGGCAUGAUGGAUGAGGAAGGGAACCAGUUUGUUGCUUACUUCCUACCUGUGGAAGAAACGCUGAAGAAACGAAAACGGGACCAGGAGGAGGAGAUGGAUUAUGCACCAGAUGACGUGUAUGACUACAAGAUUGCUCGGGAGUACAACUGGAAUGUGAAGAACAAGGCUAGCAAGGGCUACGAGGAAAACUACUUCUUCAUCUUCCGAGAGGGUGAUGGGGUUUACUACAAUGAACUGGAGACCAGGGUCCGCCUGAGCAAGCGCCGGGCCAAGGCUGGGGUUCAGUCGGGUACCAAUGCCCUGCUUGUGGUCAAACACCGGGACAUGAAUGAGAAGGAAUUAGAAGCACAGGAGGCACGGAAAGCUCAGCUGGAGAACCACGAACCCGAGGAGGAAGAGGAAGAGGAAAUGGAGACAGAAGAGAAAGAAGCUGGGGGCUCAGAUGAGGAACGAGAGAAGGGCAGCAGCAGUGAGAAGGAAGGCAGUGAAGAUGAGCGCUCAGGCAGUGAAAGUGAACGGGAGGAGGGUGACAGGGAUGAGGCAAGUGACAAGAGUGGCAGCGCUGAAGAUGAAAGCAGUGAGGAUGAGGCCCGGGCUGCCAGAGACAAAGAGGAGAUCUUCGGCAGUGAUGCUGACUCUGAGGACGAUGCUGAUUCUGAUGAUGAGGACAGAGGACGGGCCCGUGGCAGUGAUAAUGAUUCAGACAGCGGCAGCGAUGGGGGCGGCCAGCAGAGCCGGAGCCACAGCCGGAGCCGGAGCGCCAGUCCCUUCCCCAGUGGCAGUGAGCAUUCUGCUCAGGAGGAUGGCAGUGAAGCUGCAGCUUCUGAUUCUAGUGAAGCUGACAGUGACAGUGACUGAGUCCCAGGGCCUUCAGGGCUGGUACAGACACAAUUAUUACGUGCAGAAAGGCACUUUUCGAGUGGUCUAUUUUCAAGCCUUUUGCUUUGUUUCCCUCUUCCUUCUCCAAACCUUUGCUGUUAAUAAAGCCAACUUCUCUUUACUUCCCCUCCCAGGCCAAUGGUCUCCUUCUGCCUUCCCACCCCCCAGGUGCUUAAGGCACAGAAGCAAAGGCCACAGAGGCAGGGCCACUAUGUUUCCCAUGAAAUGUAGCAUAACAAAGGUCAGAAUCCUUUUUGUUUGUUUGUUUUUUUUCCAAAAUAAGCCCAGACCAAUAAACAAGUGAAACUCCAACAAA